AUGCGGGGGUCGUUUUUCACAACCAACGGGAGCGCACACAACGCGCGCUUUGCGAGUGGGACCACCGGCGUGCACAAACGCAAAAAAAUGAUGCUUUUGGUCCUCUUCGUCUUCGUCGUCUGUCUCGUCUGCGGAACGUGGACGUUUCGAGGGAGCAGCGCUGCAGGGAAAAACGACGCCCCUUUUACUUCUUCUUCGUAUUCCAAGAGAAGCGGAGGCAAAGGGAAACAAACGCUCUUGGAUUCGUUCGAGAAAGAAGUGCACGAACACGUCUUUGAACCGAUCGCGCACGGAUUAUUCGGCGGUGGUUCCGAUGAUGAUACUGUUUCGGAUGAAGAUGAUGAUGACGAUGAUUCCGAGAGAGGAGGAGAAAAAGAGGAGGAGGAGGACGAAACAAUCGCCGCGGACGCGAACGCGGAUUUGAAGUACCGAGAAGAGAACGAAAAAGCGGAAAUGCACGACGAGGAGGAAAAUCAAGAAGCGGACGGGUACGAAGUCGCGACGAUGGAGAAGAACGCUGCGAUUGAACGAGAGGUGAGGCUGGAGGAAACGGCGAGGAAGGCGAGCAACAUGCCCAAGGCGUUUGCGAUACAUCGAGGGAACGCGAAGUGCGCGAACGCGCCGAAAGAGAUGUUGCCGAGGUUCUCGAAACAGAUUGGGUUGAGGAAGAAAGAGGGUAAGGUUUUGCCGGCAAAAGCGGGGUACGUUGGGGUGUCAAGGAUUGACGGGGCGACGAAAGGGACGGUAAGAGUGCGAACGGAAAACGGGCCGAGGACGAAGAAAGUUGAAUCGAGCGCGAAUCCAACCGUGAAGAAUAGAGACGAAGAAGCGUUGAUUGCGUGCUUGGAAGAUUUGUCCAAGUGUCAGUUAGACUCGGAAAAUGACUCGAUUCGAAAAGCGGCGUGGAAAUUAGGCGGGACCAUGGACGCGAAAUUAGGGAAAAGUUUAGCCGGCAUCGAGAGAAAGAAAACGUGCGCCAUCGUAGGCAACGGCGGCGCUUUAAUGGCCAAAGAGUACGGUCAAUACAUCGACAAACACGACGUCGUCGUUCGAAUUAAUGUUUUAGACAACAACAACGCCAAGUUCAACGCCAGUUUAGGUCAAAAAGCAACCCAUCGGGUGUUGAGUUACAAAAUGAGCAAAGACGUGUGUUGUUUACAACCCGCCUCGAAACACCCUCCCGAUAACGACGAGCUCAUUUAUUUAGCCUGGUUUCCGGCCAUGCGCAAACAACUCAUCUCGCGCCUCGCCAAACGACAAAAACGGAAAGUCAUUGAAAUGCACGACGCGCAUUUAAAAUCAAUCAUCCAGUCGUUCAAAAAAAUGCGCGAAGAACUCGUCCGACUCGGAUUCGGCCCUUUCGAAGACUGGGAAUACAUGACUUCCGGCAUGCACGCCGUGUUAACCUUCGCGCGAUCGUGCGAAACCGUCGACGUGUACGGGUUCACCACCGAUUCCGGUGGGAAAGAACCGUACUGGUUCACCGGGAGGAAAGUCGCCCCGAGAUCCGGUCGAACGCAACACGCCUGGGACCACGAGCGAAUGAUUUUGAGGCUCCUCGCCGCGAGCGGCGUCGUCAACGUUUGCACUUAG